CGCUGAAACUAAACCUGCAUGUUGUCAAGCAGCAGGUGAAUUAAUGAAUAAGUCGGAAACCACCAUCGACAUGUGCUUACCAAUAUUUACCGGUUGUCUAUGCAUUUAAAAAGAAGAUGUUUAUGAUUUGACCUAAUCAUCAUGACUCGAAAGGAAAAGGGGUGAUUGGGUUAUGGUGCAAAGAUGGAAAAGCCCCAAGAGAGGCAGGAAACGCAGCAGUCGUCCCCGCAGAUGGCGGCACCUGAUGGGGGUUGGGGCUGGGUGGUGGUGGGGUCUCUUUUCGUGACAUCUGCCCUGGUGUUUGGGAUCAUCCGCAGUCUAGGCGUCUUCUUCGUGGAGUUUGUGCAGUACUUCGAUGAGAGUGCUCAGGCAGUGUCUUGGAUAACAUCCAUUGGGUUGGCCAUGCAACAGCUAAUGAGUCCAAUAGCUGCAGCCGCAUGUAAUGUGUAUGGAGCUCGUCCAGUUGUUAUGAUGGGAGGAUUCCUCUCAGGCCUGGGAUUCAUUCUGGCUUCCCAGGCAACAUCUCUUUUGCAUCUUUACAUGACCAUGGGAUUCAUUUCAGGUUUAGGCUGGGCACUGGUCUUCACCCCUACUGUUGCGUCAGUGAUGCAGUAUUUCACCAUGCGGAGAUCUCUAGCCAUGGGCCUGGGCUUCACAGGCGUUGGUCUGGCCUCUUUCGCCUUCUCCCCGCUUUUUCAAUAUCUAGUGGAAGUUUACGCUUGGCGUGGGGCGUUGCUUAUCCUCGGGGGCUUCAGCUUCAACAUGAUCGCUUGUGGAGCUCUCAUUCGACCUCUGGGGAAUCCAAAAGUUGUGGAAAAGACUGAAAACUCGACCAACCUCAACAGAUGCUCUUUUUCCCCCUCCCGUAUCUACGAGUGUUUUGAGCUCUCCCUGCUGUCACACCGAGGCUUCCUCACUUACGCCGCGGCCAUCACCCUUUUCAAUGCGGGCUACUUCAUCCCCUACGUUCAUCUGGUGGCCCACAGCCGUAACAUUGAUUUCACUGAGUACCAGGCGGCCUUUGUAAUCUCUGUAACCGGUGUGGCGGAUAUCGUGGGCCGCGUAGCCUCCGGUUGGGCCUCGGAUCUGGGCAGAAUGCGGAUGCCCCACAUGCUGGUGCUGUGGACUGGGUUACUGGGCCUGUUUCUGAUGCUCAUUCCCGCUGCUGUGAGUUACUCAGGACUGCUCGUUGUCAGUGUGGCCUAUGGCUUCUGCGCAGGGGCGAUGACGCCGCUGGCCUUCGCGGUGGUGCCGGAGAUCGUAGGCAUCGAGCGAGUGCUGGGAGCCCUCGGUCUCCUGCAGCUCAUUGAGAGCGUUGGAGGGCUGCUGGGAGCACCACUGUCUGGCUGGCUGAAGGACUACACUGGAACAUACACAGCAUCUUUUAUCAUUGCUGGUAGUUUCCUCGUGUUAGGUACGUUGGUUACAAUGACUCUUCCCUAUUUCUGGUCUUGUACGGCCCCUCCACCCCCAUCGCCAUCAAAGAAGAAGUCUCAGGAUUGCUCCAUUGAAGAUGGACUACUCAAACCCACUACCUCGAACUCAGAAAAAGAGUUAAAGAUCUGUUCUAAGAGAGAUGUUACAUAUCCAGAGCAAGAGCGAGAAGAAAUACCUCAGGAAAUUAUUCAUCUGACUAAAUUAAAGGAAACAUUAUGAUUUUGUGAUGUUAGAAAAUACCGAAUGGUGGUAGAGCUAGUUUUUGAAAGGAUAUUUGCAUUAUUUCAAACAGGAUAUACGCAAAUGUUUGUAUUUGAAUCUAGGCCAAAAUGGUUAUGAAAUGAUCCACUAAAAGUUUUACUGCAAAAUGUGGUAUAAGUACAAAUUAGUGUGAUUUACCCAAUGCCAAAUAAUAUAUAUAUAUAUAUAUAUAUAUAUAUAGGUGAAAUUUGCUACUGCUUUUUGGAUAGUAACAAGACAA